GUGAAACAAUUCUUAAUGAAUCACAUGUUUCAAUAAAUAACACCAUACUUGACAAACAACAUAUACUUCUAUUUCUCGUAUGUCUUAAUAAAACUACUUCAAUAAAUAUAUGUAUUCUUCUAUUAUAAUAAAACACUGAGUACUCAGAUUCAAGUACAUUCCAGAAAAUAAUAAUUUUAAGGACACUUACUGAAUGUGCUUUGCUGGACUGAACAAUAUUAAUCUGUUACAUUUUAUAUUACUCAUAGUUUACAAUCAAGUAACAAUUUUUGUAACAUUUUUAUAUAUAGAUUAAAAUUAGUAUGUGAUUGACUUUUGAAAAGUCAUUAAUAUCAUGUGGUGUUAAAAGCAAGUUUUUAAAUACACAAGAACUACAAUAAUUUUAAUUUGAGCAUUUAAUUGCGUUUGCAAAAAGUAAAUAAAUAUUGCCAAGAUAUAGAAGUUACCACUCUAAUGAAUGGUUCAGAAAGAUACAGAUUUGGUAACAAUUAAAAUCAAACUUAAAAACAGAAACUUUUAAAAAUAAUCAUGUUACCUUCAAGGUUGUAAAUGUUAGUAGCUUUUUUUAAUCACUAGUUUACAUUAUUAAAGUUAAAAUCUUGUCAUAUCUUGGUAGAAAAGUCCUAGAGACUUGAAACUUAGCACUUAAGGAAGAACCAUUGACUUUGGUUGUACCGGGAGAAAGUUAUAGUCAAUUCAAUAAAGACUUUUAUUAUUAUAUUCUGUCCUUUGAUACUCCACUGUAUUUUUUUUCGCUACAUGUGUCACAAAUGUCAUAUGAUUGUACUCAGUUUGUUUACAAAUUUAUUUAUUUUGUUAUUUUCUUAUUGCCAUCAUGGUUACCCAUAAAACCAAUGUAAACAUUUUCCCUUCAUAAACUUUAACAGUCUGCCAUCUAGAAACAUGAUUUGAUAAUUUAGUAUUUACACGUUGACUGCGGCAGACGCGUUAUGACUCACAUUCGGAUUGACACUAGAGGUCUCACCCAAUAUAGAGAUGCAGUAAAGGUGUUAAUAUUUUUUUGAUAUGAAUGAAUAAAAUUGUGUCAAAUAUGUUUUAUAUCUAUUAUUUUUUUUAGGCACAAAAUAAAAUCUUAAAACACAUCUGUAUGGACAGAUGGUAAACUAAGCAUUUCUGACUCAUGUUUAUAUUUCAUUAUUAGUUUGCCUUCACCUAAAUAAUAAAUUCCCCAAAGAUAACUGGAAAGUUCAUAAACACCCUGUACAUUCUGUUAACAGUAAUUAACAAACUUUGAGAGUAUAAUAAGUCCAAAUCUAUUUUGAAAAUGUGUUAAAGCCGCUUUCUUGUAGUAUAUAUGAUUUCUUAUUUCUUUCAUGAUAGUGUUUGAUGCCAGCGCCAAGUAUCCUGUGGGUAUUCUGGCUAGCAACGGCUACUCGCUUGGAUCUUUUGACUCUUGCCUAGCAGUUUCUGCCAAGCUGGACACAGGAGAGAAGCUGCAAGGACAGUACUGCCUGGUAGAUGUUUACUUCAGGCACAACUUCACACUGACUCUACCUCCCCAUUUCUCUCUUGACUAUGAUCCCAUGACUUCUGCAUGGAAUAAACUAAGAGACACCGGAGAUCCAAGUCAGGUGAGGAGGGAUAUGAUACACUGGGCGGUGUGUGUCCCUGCGUCCUGCUCUCCGGCUGAUACCCAGCAUGCACUUCUCCAGACUGUGGCACGUCUCCAGACUACCACUAGUCUCCAUGUGAACAUUCAUGUACGCUCGGAGAUGUGUCAGACUCAAAUCUCUGUCCUCUCCAGGUUACAGUUCAAUUCGGCUGAUAUUUUUGUGGUGAUUUUAAGCAUUAUUUUAAUGCUGCUAGUAAUCACUGGCUCUGUCUAUGAUGAAAUACACCAUAUGAAGGAUACACCAACGUCAACUACAAAAAAUUCCAUACCGUUAUCGAUGCAGCUGCUGUUGUGUUUCUCGGCACGGCGUAACCUUGUCUACCUGACUCAGCUGAAUCUCUCACACACAGGACUGGAUUGUAUCCACGGACUGCGAUUGCUGUUUAUGUUGCUUGCCAUCUCAGGACAUCGGUUCCUCCUUGUCUUCAGCGGACCGAUAGCUGACACUUCAGUAUCUGAUCAGGGUUAUCGCCAAUGGUGGAACAUGUACAUCUUGAAUGGCAUGAUUGUUGUGGACACAUUCUUUGUGUACAGUGGUCUGCUCACAGCAUACUACCUCCCAAUAGAGCUUGACGACAAGAAGCAUCUUAAUCCUUUCCUCGUCUGGCUUUACAGGUUUAUCAGGUUGACUCCACUGUAUCUAGCAGUGCUACUGUUCCAUGCUACUCUCUUGGACAAGCUGGGCUCCGGGCCUCUGUGGCCAGAUACUAUACAGCUAGAGCAGAAGCGAUGUGCUGACAACUGGUGGCUUAACCUGCUCUACCUCAGCAACUACUUCAACAGUGACAAGAUGUGUAUGUUUCAAUCGUGGUACCUGUCAGUGGACACCCACCUGUUCAUGGUGGCUGUGGUGGUUGUCUACUGCAUGUGGCGGUGGCCUCUCACUGGCAACGUAAUGAUGGCAGUGUUUGCAUUCUUAGCGAUCCUCAUUCCUUUUGCUGUCAUACUCUCCACAAGAAUGGAUCCAUUCAUGCUACUUUACCCACAUGUCAUAAAGGAUCUGCCAUCUAGUCAGUAUUUCCGAGAAAUGUAUGUUGCGUCUCACAUGCGUGCUGGCCCCUACGUAGUGGGCGUGGCUAUGGGAUACUUCCUCUACAAGAUCAAAGACAUCGACUUCACCAUACCAAAGGGUUGGGUGUAUGUAGGCCAUGUACUCUGUGUGUUCAUGUGUCUGGCGAUACAGUAUGCUGGAUAUGUGUUCUAUGUACCAGGAGCUCCAUACUAUGUACUGGGAGCAGCACUGUAUGGGGCCCUCCAUAGAGCUAUCUGGGGAACUGCCAUAGCACUCAAUAUCUUCUUGCUGGUCCGUGGCAGAAUUGAAUGGCUCCAUAAACUGUUGACAUGGCCCCCUAUUGUACCUGUCAGCCGACUCACGUAUUGUGCCUACCUGGUCCACACAGUGCCGCAGCUGUACGAGGCCAGCACGCUGCGGACGCCUCGAGCCCUCUCCUACUACACUGGUGUGUGGAUGUUCGUCGGAGAUAUUUUCUUCACUUUCACUAUCUCAGUUUUUCUGUGUCUCCUAGUAGAAGCACCAUUCCGUGGCAUCGAGAGAAUUAUCUUUGGUAUCAGAAAAGCUUCAUUGGACAACAACCAGAUAACACUCAACAAAACAGCUCAACCUGAAUAAUAUAACCAUUUUAUUACAUUAUUUGUUGAAAUAGCU